GCUGCCUUCGCCCGGUGACCUGCCACGGAGCUGCUGGAUUGGAUCACUCCCAGACGACCAGAACUCUUUUAAAAUAUUUUGGGUGGAUAAGAUGUGCCAUGGAAUGGUAGCACCAAAGAGCAACACAGCAUCACCACUUGCCUUGACUGGUCAUGGAUUAUUUCUUCCGUUAAUUAUCUUCAGUUCUUUCAUCUUGGAGGGACAGACCUCAGUUUGCCCCCGUCCACCGGAGCCUGAGAAUGGAGGCUACAAAUGCCACCCAACUCCUUGCAGUGACCCUCUGACAUCCGACAGCGUCAUUGAGUAUGUAUGUGAUGAGGGCUACAUGCUAAAGGGAGAUUACAAAUACUUGACGUGCAAGAAUGGAGAAUGGAAUCCAGCCAUGGAAAUUAGCUGUAGGCUAAGCCAAGAUAAAGAUUCGCCCCCGACAAUCGGGGUGCCCACCCUCUCCAUAGUGGCCUCCACAGCAAGUUCAGUAGCUCUGAUCCUUCUCUUAGUUGUACUGUUCGUUUUGCUGCAGCCAAAGCUGAAGUCUUUUCAUCACAGCAGACGUGAUCAAGGUGUAUCUGGGGAUCAGGUCUCCAUGAUGGUGGAUGGUGUCCAGGUGGCCUUGCCGUCCUAUGAAGAAGCAGUCUAUGGCAGCGCAGGGAACUGCAUUCCGCCCUCAGAUUCACGGGUACAGAUUGUGCUGUCAGAGGGAGCUGGGCAGAGUGGAACAAGUGAGAUGCAGCAGCAGGACCAAGGGGCUCGGGACUGCUUUGUUGGAGAGGACGAGGCCCCAGGACGCUCUGGACUGUGUGAAGCCAGUGGCUCUCAACGCUCUGAAACUGUUCUCGUACACCAGGCCACCACCUCUUCCUGGGUAGCUGGCAUGGCAAGCAGUAGACCUGUGCACAAAGAUGCUCAAGACUCAGAAAGCAGUGAUAUACAAAGCCUUUUAUCACUUACUUCCUCGGAGGAAUACACAGACGAUAUUCCAUUGUUGAAGGAAGCAUGAGGCCUGCUGCACUUGUUUAGCCUUCUCCCUCUUGGUUUCCCCUCUUCUUCCUUGGGAUACAAGCAUUCUGUGCAGCCUUCCCCACCUUCACGAGCUGGGCCCUGGAUACCUCCAAGCAGAGACCCUUCAGCUGAAGAUCCAAAGGCUUUUGCCAGGUUGUCUCCUCGAUGCGCCAUUCGGGUUGGUCCGGUGUCGGCCUUCCCAUUCCAUCUGCAUUAGGGGCUUGAGUAAUGUAAUGGAUUUGAGCUCCUCCCUCUUCUUCCCUCCCCGUGCCAGAUGUUUGACUGCAGCCUCUGGAGAGCUGCUAUUUACUUGUGCCUUUCUCCUUCUCACACCGGCUUGUCGCAGCUUCUCACAGGCCUCGCUAGCUCUUCAGCAGCCCAGAGAGCAGGGACCAAGAACUGCUUGCUCAUUGGGUGCAGAUAUAGUUUAUAUAAAGAUCUUUCUUCCAGUAUCCUCUUGGUGACUAGGACAGGACAGAACUCUCCAAGAGGGCUGAACCUGAGCUUGGGAAAAGUUCCAAUAUGGGUAAUUUACACUAUCCAGCAGUGCUCAUAGUUUUUAAAAAUAAAGUGGUAUGUUCUGUAACUUAAAUGCAUAUUAACAAUUAGGCAUCACUGACUAUUGUAAAGGCAGAGAAGUCUGAGGUCUUUUACAAGAUUUUUGGAAACGCCUGAUGAUUUUUUCUUCCUCCCCUUCAUGCCUUCUUUGUUAUCCCCGUAUCUUCCCCACAAAAUAUACAUACACCCUUGAUGUAGCAGAGUAACAGUCUCUCUGCAAGAUUCCAUUCCAAAAAAUUCCACUGCCUCGUUCUUUCAUCGACCUCACAAUCCACUCAGUUUUUGUGUUUCCUGAAGUCUAGGGCUGUCUCUACUCUGAGAAAUUUUACCAGUUCCUUCCAGUGCUGGUCUAUCACAGGGGCAGCUCCUGGUGCUAAACUCUAGGAGAAUUUCUGCAAAAGGCUAGUUGUAGACAAGGCCGAGAAGCAAAAAAACGUACAGUACAACCCUGAUUAUCUGAUGUCCAGUUAACCAAGCCUAUGUUAACUGCAGGUUAGUCACGUUCUGCUGACACGGUGUGCCAUGAUUGUGGUCCAGUUUAUCCAAAGGCCUGUUCUUUUGCAGGUGUCUGACACUUUUUUAAAAUAUCAGUUUUCCUGCAUAACUGCUUGGGUUUGCCUGCCACCAACAACUUUUAACUUGACAUGACAGUAAAAAUGGAAAAGUCAUUUAGAAACAUUGUCCCUUACUCCCUCAAUUUUCCAGGAAACGUAAGGGCUUUUUAAUGUGUUAUCUGGAUUCAUUGGCCCUUUUUUAUGUUUACAAUUUUGUCCGCAGAAAUAUUAACAUUGUCAGCUAAUGCUGGGGUUUUUGGUUAGCAUCACCAAUUAGCUGGCAAGAGAUACCAUAACACAUGGUACUCAAAUACAGCAUUCCACUUUCUAAAUAGUUGCAGCAUGUCUUCAUAAUCUUAAAUGGAAAGAGUUGUGCUGCUGUUUUAUCCUAAUGGGACUGCUUGGUGCAUUUGGAGCUGCUCCCACAUGUGGGCCUCUUCUUCACGGGGAGGGGGAACAAUGUGUUUGCUAAAACCCCUUCUGAAGAGUGGAGUUGACACAGUUUGGUUGUGUGGCCAUUAUGGAGACAGCAGAGCAGUUUUUAAACAGUUACCUGGAGCAGGACCCUCCCCAGUCCAGAGCAUGAGUUUUAAUGACUCUCUUGACAGAGCUGUUUUAAAAUAAGCCUAGGAAUACAUUCCUUGUCCCUUGUGUAUGUAGGGCCUGGUGUGACAUACUGGAGGUUGUUACAUAUGUCGUUUCCUGCAUGAAUGAUCCUGCACAAGGGACAGCUGUGUCCCAUGGCCAAAUGCAUGUUUGGGGCUGCUUGGUGGAUUUAAAGGAGUUAAGCAGGGAGGACAAGGGAACAGUUUCCCUGGAGUUGGUUCCAGCAGCAGUGCUUGGCCCAUCAAAAAAGGUCUAUGCAGCUCAUUAGUUGGACUAAGGCAAAAGGGGCUGGGGAUGGAGGUGUGCAUGCUCACCCCAGUACCCUAGUCAGGUGGUCAACCAGCAGUUGCCCCAAAGGGAAGCCGGUAAAUUUGUAUUUGAAAUGGAGGGAACAAUGAGAUGUGGCUUUACUCAGCAAGCUGUGACUUCUGGGUGAAUACCUCAGCCCCCCUUUCUCUCCCCUUUAUAAUUGUACUCCCUACCCAGAGCAGUGAUUAUAUUAGAAUACUUUAAAAUGGAUUAUUGCUGCAGUAACUGAGGUUAGGCUCCAGCUGCAGUGGGCAGGGAUUGGCUGCAAUGUAUAGCCAGCAACCUGCCUCCCCUGCUCAUUAAAUUCCCUAAUGCAUUUGCCUGUUAAUUCCCAGGACAGCUGUAACAGUGGGUGUGUAUAUGGGGAACAGCUCUCUUUCCCCCAUCCCGUGUAUCUCGUAAAUUAAGUUGCAAGAAUUGUUUUAAAGAGACACUGUCAAGUUAAAAAUAGUAUAUUUUAAACAAACUUCUUUACCUAUUACAACACCCUAGGUUACUGCAAGAAUUUGACAAAUCCAACUUUCACUAUCCUUGGUGGUUUUGUUUCUGUCUCAGUUUGGACAAUAAAAAACAAACUUGUUUCAUUUCCAGCUCAAUGGUGCUGCAGUAUUUGGCUUUCAGACAGUGCAGGCAUAAGUGUAUUAGUUUGUAAACUGUUUCCAUUGGAAUUUAAAAAAACAUCAGCAUGGAAAUAUUUCUACUGUUAGUUUUAAAAUUGUUCUACAAAAUCCCAUGUUUGAAGUAAGUGUCCCUAUAACCUGGUCUCUCACUUCUUAUCAAAGUGCAAACACUGACCUUGUUUUCUUCUCUUCAGACAAAUACAAAAUAGAAUGAAUUGCUCUCUAAUUAGCUUAAGGUUCCCUGGUAACCAAAGCUGACACCCAGCAGCCUGGGUGCAAAGGCCAGGUGCCACACUUUUCAGCUGACAGAAGAGCAUUCUCUUAAUGGAGCUGGAAUUUGAUCCCAGGGCCUGACCUUGCUUUGAAUGCUGAAACUGACAGUCCUGCACCUAACAAAGCGCAUAGUGGCUGUGUCCACUAACCCCCACUCACAAUAGUGUGGUUAGCCACCAGUCUGAGAGAAAUAAUCAAUUGGAGAAAAACAACAGAAGAAGGGGACCUCAAUUUUUUUUUAUAGAGUCCUUCAGAGUUUCUUUCCUGGGAGGGAGGGGUGUGGGGAGAGGGAAAAGAUGUGGCUGUAAUCAGCAGAAAUAGACAAUCAUUGUCUCUUAGAUUUUAAGAGGAUAAAACAGCAGCUACUGAUACUGGAGCAUGGCUUCUCGUGGGAGGAUCUAAUUGUACCCUGCUGGCUGGUAAUCUCUGAUGCCCCUAGAUGCCUUGGUGGUUGCAGAAAACCAACGUGCCACUUUCUUCUGUGGAAACAUCCAUGCAGACUAGAGACAUUAGAUCCGAUGCAAGCCGGAACAAGCAGAAACAGCUUUUGGGUUCUCGUUUCACCUUCCCAAGCAUUCCGUUUACUUUCAUAUAAAAUGAGAUCGAAUGAGGAGGGAAAAAACCUGUUUGAAAACUUAUCUGCUGGACUUCUAAAAGAAAAAAACAACCCUUUUUCUUUCUCUUUACUGAGCAACAUGUGGACCAUUACCUUCAUACCUUUAAAGUCUUAGGGAGACUUGAAGGGGCAGGAAUCAAUUUCUGGGAAGGGAAGAGAGCUAGAAAGAUAAGUGAGAUGCUGCACACUCAGAACUCCCAUUUUAGUCAAUGGAAGCAAGAACUGCAGAAUUCAGCCUUAAAGAACCCUUGCUUAUGAGCUCUCCCAUAACUUGAUAGCAUUAAGUUGGAGUGAAGAAUACAACGUUUCUUGCUGGAAUCAUAGACCAGAGUAGUCAAAAGGAGACAGUCCCCCUAUAGCAUUCCCAACAUGAUGCAGUUUUGUGUUGUCUUACACAUGCUGUACCCUCAAAUGCUUAACAAGAACAUUCAAAUGAUUUCAUUAUACAUGAAAAUUAAAAAUAACUAGCACUUAUAAGGAGGUACAAAACGUAAAGGGACGCUGUCGGGAGAAAUUUACAAAACACUGCGUGCAAAAGAAAUUCUUCCAUGAUUUCCUUUCUAUUCCAAUUGAAAAGUGUUUUUUCAAACAAGGAUAUUCCUCUGCUGUGUUUGCAAUCCAACUAUUACAGUACCAGGCUAGUGAAACUGACUACAAAUGAAAGUGAACUGGAUUGGUCUCUUCUCAGUGCCCAAAUUAUAGAGUGCAGCGUGAAUUAAAAGCAAAUUUUAAUCAUGUCAGUGUUGGGAUAAUAUAAAGGGAUUAGUAACAGGUAAGGGAACUUUGGUGGUUUGUGUUUGUUUUUUGUUUUUUAAAAAUAAAUAAGGGCCUCACUCCACUGCGGGUUGACGGAGCAGGGUUCUGCAGCGUUCUUCUCCUUUGUAGGACUGCUGCACAAUUAGAGCUCUGUGGCUCUGGGAUGGAGCAGAGCCAGAGGAUUCCCAUCCUUUUAAACCAACAGCAAACUUGCAACAUAAAAUUACACUCUGUGAGCAUCAUCUUACGUACUUCCCCUUGGAAGUGAACUCUCUCAGGAUUUCCCCAUUUAACAAUUUGACAACUUAGCAGGAUUUUUAUGCCUCUGGAGGUCUGACUUGCCCUGACAGCACAUGGAGUAAUUUGGGAGAGUGAGAAAUAUUGACAUUAUUCCAGAAGGAAGUACAAGAGUGGAGAAUUUGGGUUGAUUUGAAUUGGGACUCAGUGAGCGCAGCAAGUUCUGCUGUAGGACAUAAGCUGGGCUGGGAGAUCAUUGCUGUGAGUACAGAAGACAGAGCACCUAGGGGUGAGUGAGUGAGUAGGAGCUGUUAUUAAAAGCUCCGGCAAGCCCUGUAGGUGGCUCAAACUAUUGGGUGCAAAUGCGUAUAAUGGUGAGCCCAUAAGGAAGGGUUCACUGUGCCUAGAUGAUCAGAUACUAAAAACCAACGAUUCCGCCAUGUAAAAAUGUGGAGACGCAGCAAGAUAGAAAUGUUCAGAUUUCCUUGCUGAUCUGUUUACAACAUGUCAUGUUAAACUAAUUUUUCAAAUUAGCUUUUAUUUUUGGACAGCAAUUGUUUUAUUAAUAUUCUUCACUUCACACAGCCUGGACAGCAGAACUAGUAUAAUCUGUUUCACUUCCUGGUUCUCAGACACUAGCACAGUAAAUUUCAUCCUGCAAAGAAGGAACUGCCAAUUAAAUUUGAUGAAAACAUUUGUUCACAGAAACUUGUAGUUAAGAAGCUUCAGUUCUCUCUGUAAAAGGCCUUGGAAGCAUAGAGAGGCUGCCUAAGCCUGGCUUCAUUUGAGGGAGUGUUUUUAUAUUGGAAAUGAAUCUUCUGCCAACAUUUCAGAACCUUGUGAAAAAAACAAAACAAACCCCAAGAAUGAUUAUCCUGCUCUCACCCCUCCCAGGACAAAGCAUGCAAGUCUCCCAGACCUCUCUUCAGAGAGCUCUGUCCUACAUACUGCUUCUAACUUGGCCUUCUGGAUAACUUUAAGAGGUUACAUGUGGUUGCACCAGAGUGGAUGUGUCUGAAUUAAAUUGAUGCACUUCUAUUUUAACAUAUGCUUUUUGCUUCUAUCCAAGGGUGAGCCAAGGAGAGGGGCAGGGCCGGGCCGGCCCCAGCAUUUCUGUUGCCCCAAGC